AGGCCGGCCGGGGGCGGAGCAGCUGGUGGGUCGGCGCGGGCCCAGCCGUGCGUGCUCACGUGACGGGUCCGCGAGGCCCAGCUCGAGCAGUAGUCCCGGCGAGCGAAGAUGGCGGCCGAGAGGGAGCCUCCUCCGCUGGGGGACGGAAAGUCCACCGACUUUGAGGAGCUGGAAGACGGAGAUGACCUGUUCACCAGCACUGUCUCCACGCUAGAGUCAAGUCCAUCAUCUCCAGAACCAGCUAGUCUUCCUGCAGAAGAUAUUAGUGCAAACUCCAAUGGCCCAAAACCCACAGAAGUUGUCCUAGAUGAUGACAGAGAAGAUCUUUUUGCAGAAGCCACAGAAGAAGUUUCUUUGGACAGCCCUGAAAGGGAACCUAUCCUCUCCUCGGAACCUUCUCCUGCAGUCACACCUGUCACUCCUACUACACUCAUUGCUCCUAGAAUUGAAUCAAAGAGUAUGUCUGCUCCCGUGAUCUUUGAUAGAUCCAGGGAAGAGAUUGAAGAAGAAGCAAAUGGAGAUAUUUUUGACAUAGAAAUUGGUGUAUCAGAUCCAGAGAAAGUCGGUGAUGGCAUGAAUGCCUAUAUGGCAUAUAGAGUAACAACAAAGACAUCUCUUUCCAUGUUCAGUAAGAGUGAAUUUUCAGUGAAAAGAAGAUUCAGCGACUUUCUUGGUUUGCACAGCAAAUUGGCAAGCAAGUAUUUACACAUUGGUUAUAUUGUGCCACCAGCUCCAGAAAAGAGUAUAGUAGGGAUGACCAAGGUCAAAGUGGGUAAAGAAGACUCAUCAUCCACUGAAUUUGUAGAAAAACGGAGAGCAGCUCUUGAAAGGUAUCUUCAAAGAACAGUAAAACAUCCAACUUUACUACAGGAUCCUGAUUUAAGGCAGUUCUUGGAAAGUUCAGAGCUGCCUAGAGCAGUUAAUACACAGGCUCUGAGUGGAGCAGGAAUAUUGAGGAUGGUGAACAAGGCUGCCGACGCUGUCAACAAAAUGACAAUCAAGAUGAAUGAAUCGGAUGCAUGGUUUGAAGAAAAGCAGCAGCAAUUUGAGAAUCUGGAUCAGCAACUUAGGAAACUUCAUGCCAGUGUUGAAGCCUUGGUCUGUCAUAGAAAAGAACUUUCAGCCAACACAGCUGCCUUUGCUAAAAGUGCUGCCAUGUUAGGUAAUUCUGAGGAUCAUACUGCUUUAUCUAGAGCUUUGUCUCAGCUUGCAGAGGUUGAAGAGAAGAUAGACCAGUUACAUCAAGAACAAGCUUUUGCUGACUUUUAUAUGUUCUCAGAACUACUUAGUGACUACAUUCGUCUUAUUGCUGCAGUGAAAGGUGUGUUUGACCAUCGAAUGAAGUGCUGGCAGAAAUGGGAAGAUGCUCAAAUUACUUUGCUCAAAAAACGUGAAGCUGAGGCAAAAAUAAUGAUUGCUAACAAACCAGAUAAAAUACAGCAAGCUAAAAAUGAAAUAAGAGAGUGGGAGGCGAAAGUGCAACAAGGGGAAAGAGAUUUUGAACAGAUCUCUAAAACGAUUCGAAAAGAAGUGGGAAGAUUUGAGAAAGAACGAGUGAAGGAUUUUAAAACUGUUAUCAUCAAGUACUUAGAAUCAUUAGUACAAACACAACAGCAGCUGAUAAAAUACUGGGAAGCAUUCCUACCUGAAGCCAAAGCCAUUGCCUAGCAAUAAGACUGUUGCUGUUAAGAAGACCUUGGAUGUUGUUCCAGUUAUGCUGAAUUCCACAGUGAAAUCGUUUAAAACCAUCUAAAUAAACCACUAUAUAUUUUAUGAAUUACACGUGGUUUUAUAUACACACACACACACAUACACACAUACACACACACACUCUGACAUUUUAUUACAAGCUGCAUGUCCUGACCCUCUUUGAAAUAAGUGGACUGUGGCAUGACAUUCUGCAAUACUUUGCUGAAUUGAACACUAUUGUGUCUCAAAUACUUGCACUAAAAAGUGCACUGCAAGACCAGAAAAUAUUACAGUUUUUUUCUUUACAAUAUAUUCUGUAGUAUGUUUACCCUCUUUAUGAAGUGAAUUAUCAAUGCACUGAUAAAUGUUCACUUAUACAUUCCUGUACAGAACUUAUGAUUUUGUGAUUACAGUAAUAAAAUGAUAUUCCUUGUGAAAUACUAGUAACAAAUUAUUUGGGUAUUUAAACAUAUUAGGAAUCUUUUCCAAGCAUUUUUAGUAAGAAGAAACUUUUUCUUCUAGAUGUAUGUAUAUAAGUGAUGCUAUGAUUCCUUAAUUAUUUUAAUUGACAAAAAAAGCUGAACUCAUAUUGUUGAAUGACUAAAUGAAGCUUAAGUUUUCUUAUGAAACCAUCAUAAAUCAAAGAACAUUUUUCUCAUGAUUGUCUUAGGUAAAGAAGAGAAUAAUUGUCAUUGCUUGUUUUUAACCAUCCAUAUUACAAGUGCCCAAUUUAAGAAUUAGGAAAAAAUGUGUUUAUAUACUUUGGUUACAAGUCCCAAGGAUUUUGUUCAUCUUCUCUUGUUAUCUUCAAAAUGUAGUAUUUUGCAUAUAUUUAAUUUAUUCCUUGUCUUUUGUUUUCUUUUAAAACUGUAAGUAUAUCAUCUGUACUCACAGUUGAUAAGGAAUGAUACCAUGCUAAAAUUUAUUUGAUGAAUAAGCAAGCAUACCACAAAACAGAUUUGAAGUGAAAUUUACUUUGCCUCGGGCAAUGUUUUUACCCAAUUCUGUGUGCUACUUAGACAGCUGUUAUCUAAUCCUUAAUGCUGAUAAAAAUUUAAGUUAUGGCUGGUGCAGUGGCUCACGCCUGUAAUCCCAGCACUUUGGGAGGCUAAGGCGGGUGGAUCACCUGAGGUAGGAGUUCAAGACUAGCCUGGCCAACAUAGUGAAACCCUGUCUCUAUUAAAAAUAGAAAAAUUAGUCAGGCAUGGUGAGGUGUGCCUGUAGUCCCAGCUACUUGGGAGGCUGAGGCAGGAGAAUCACUUGAACCAGGAAGGCGGAGAUUACAGUGAGCCAAGAUUGUGACAUUGCAGCCUGGGAAACGAGGGAAAAUCCAUCUCAAAAAAAAAGAAAAGAAAAGAAAAUUUAAGGUAUGACUGGCAUCAGAGUUAUUUUUGUUUUUUUAAAAAAAUAUUCUUACAAACACCUCUUUUCUUGAUCUUAACAACCACAUCUCCCUUUCAGAGGAACAAGAUAUGGUAUGUGUAACUCAGUCCUCUCUAGUGAGUCACUGGAUACAAUUUAUAUAUCAAAGUAUCCUUAGCCUGUGUUUGCCUCUACUUAUUUUAGUUGAAAUGUUAAGCUUUCUAUAGUUAUUACUCAUAUUUAUACUCCUAGACCCCAGAAGAGUGGCUGAUAACAUUAUAGGUUAAUAAUAAAGGCUUGAUGGACCAGGCACAGUGGCUCACAUGCCUGGUAUUCCCAGCUUCUCGGGAGGCUGAGGCAAGGGGAUCUCUUGAUUCCAGGAGUUUGAGGCUGUAGUGUGCAGUGAUCAUGCCUGUGAAUACCCACUGCCCUAAAGCCAGCCUGGGCAACACAGACCCUAUCUCUAAAAAAAAAAAAAUUAAGACAUGAUGAGUUGAACAGGGAAAAAUAAAGUUUGUCCUUUUAAGAAGAAACUGAAGCAGAAAUAGUACAAUCUUCUUUUGUUGCUUCUACUGGGAAUACUUUUGAGAAAUGAAUAAUUCAUAGUAAUAUAUAUAUAAGAUGGUAUCUUAUUGCCCCAUUAAUAUUGAGCAAAAGAUAGGCUUACUAGGAAUAGUUUCACUAGAAUGAUGUCCUAGUGUUAUAGCCACAGUUACAUUACUUACAAAGGUGUAGUUUACACAUGCGAUAGUUAUUCAUGUUGUUAAAAUCUUCCAUUCAGAUGUGGUACAUUAGAAUACUCAGUAUCUCCAAGUAAAAUAAUAAAUAUUUUCAGCCUUGAUUAAACUCUACUACAUUCCAGUCUUCAUUUCCCUUGCCCACAUUUACUAAAAGUUGAGUGUGUUGGAAAUUUCAAGUAUUCUAUGAUCCUCUGAUACCAGUAUUUAAACAGGAUUUAAUUAUUUCAACACUCCAUCCGUCAAUCUUCUUCUGUUCAGAUAUCUAAAAUGCUUUCAUCCCAAAUAAAUAAACAAGAACAUUAAUAGUGCCAACAAUAUCUUUUUGUUGGAUAGGUCUGAAUUUAAUUUUUUUUAAGGAGAGCAAAAGUUAAAGGACUAAGGCAGCAUAAUAUCGUGAAACAAGAUGAACUUGGGAUCAAAAUACAUUUUUCAGUCUCGUUUCACUUAGCUGUAAGACUUUGAGCAUAUCACUUAAAUCUCUUAUCUAUAAAACAAGUACAUAAAACUCUUGAUUCCUGAAGUGCCUUUCUACUUUAAAAUAUUUUUAAAAUAUCAAACUUCAAUAUAAAUAUUGAAAAUAUGGAAAACAGUUCUGAUCAAAGAACUAUUAAGUAAAACAAGACAAAAUGUAUUUAAAAAUGUGACUCUAACACAUAGAUUUCCUUGAUUGUAUUUUCUACUCAACUAUUUUCAAGUAUUCAGCUUGUUUUAUACAGAUUAUAUUAGUCUCAAAAUACCUUUGUUUCAUUGUUGCUACUCCUUAAACUUCUUUUCUUUGUUAUCUAAAUCUGGUAAAGUUUUCCAAGUUCAUUGUAUUAAGGCUGGUGCAAAAGCAAUUUCGUUCUUUGUCAUAUAAAUUGUUUUUUAAGUGCUUUAACUGUGAAAUAAGCCUUUUAACAUAACCAGCUUUCUUGAAAGGAGGAAGUCAGACGAGUAGAGAAGGAAAGUCACAUUUCUUUACAAACACUUUUAAUUUUAAUAUCUAAGGGAAUUACAGGGACUUACCUUAUUCUGCCUUAAAUAAGGGAUGUUACUUGAAUCUUCUUGUCAUGGCUUCUUGCAUGGGCAGUCAUGUGAAAAAGAGUCAGGGCAAUAGCAGAUAUUCUAAAAUAGUGACUGCAGGUAGAUCAAUCAAAGUCAUUUUGUUUUAAAGGAAAGGAGGUCACUGGUAGUGAGGUGGGAAAAUAACACCUGUGAAAAGGAAUUCUAAGUCACUGGCUCGGGGGCUUAAGCAUUUUCAUCUCAUAUUUACUAGUUAAGAAAUGUGUAAGUAAGUUAUAUGUGUGAUUGACACAGUCUAUUUCAAAGUAUUGGAAAGGAAUCACCAAUAGAAUCGCCCUGCCUACUCACACACACACUUCCUUAUGUAAAAUCAGAAUAAAAUAAUUAUCAUUCCAAACUCCUACGGUGAAGGAUUUGGUUUCAAGUAACAAUGAAAGUAGAUCAUGGGUCAGACAUGGAACUAACAAUAAAAGGGAAGUACAACAAGAUGAAUGUGAGUAAUAGUUCAUUUUCCUGCAUUUGUGAUCAGGGCCAUGAAGAGAGGUCAUGGUAAUCUGUGGAGAAGGUACUUAAAAGUUGAGAACAAUAGAAAUAUAAUGUGAGCCAUAUAUAUAUAUAUAUAUUAAAAUUUCUAUAGCCAAAUUUUAAAAAGUAAAAAAAUUAAUUUUAAUACUUAAUCCAGUAGCUCCAAAAUAUUUUAACAUACAUCCAAUAUGUUGAAGUUACGGGAGAAUUUACAUUCUUUUUUCUGAUAUCUGAUGUAUAUUUUACGCUUUCUUUACAUCUCCAUUCAGCAUUUUAAGUGAUCAGUUGUCCAGUGUGGCUGACUAGUGGCUAUGAUAAUGGACAGCAUAGGUUUAGACAAUGCCUAUUCAACUACUUAACUUGUUUUAUAUGUAUAAAUCUCAAAAAGUACCUUUAUUUCAUUGUUGGUACUCUUUUUUUUUCUUUAUUAUCCAGAUAUAAUAAAGUUUUCCAACUUUCAUUGUACAAAUGAAAUGAGUUUAUUGUGGUAAUGAAAAUGGAGAGUUAAGUCCAACAGCUAGUUUAUUUAUCAUCCUGAACCCAGUGAAGAAAUCAAAGCUGAAUAAAAGGGACUCCUAGUUGUUGCUCUCGAGGGCAGGUAUAAUUUAGGUGCAAGACCUUGUAGCAUAAUGUUUUGCAAAAGUAGUGGAUGUUCAAUAUCUACAAUUAAUGAAUUGUAGCACU